CAACUCGGCAACUACUAAGACCCUUUUUUAGGAUUGGUUUGUUUUUUUUUGUUUUUUUUUUUGUCACGUUGCCGUGAAUAGGUGGUCACCGCCUUUCCUGCUGCUAUAAAAUAUGCCCUUGCCCCCGCUCACCUUCAUUCUAAGCUGAUUUAAUUCCUUUUUGUGCUUCCCCGAAUUCCUUCAAGAUGCAAAUCUUCGUCAAGACCCUCACCGGAAAGACCAUUACUCUCGAGGUCGAGAGUUCUGACACCAUCGAUAAUGUGAAGGCGAAAAUUCAAGAUAAGGAAGGGAUCCCUCCCGACCAGCAGCGUCUAAUCUUCGCCGGAAAACAGCUGGAGGAUGGCCGUACCCUUGCCGACUACAACAUCCAGAAGGAGUCAACCCUUCACCUUGUCCUCCGUCUUCGCGGUGGCAUGCAGAUCUUCGUUAAGACCCUCACCGGCAAGACCAUCACCCUCGAGGUUGAAAGUUCCGACACCAUCGACAACGUGAAGGCCAAAAUUCAGGAUAAGGAGGGAAUCCCACCGGACCAGCAGAGGUUGAUCUUCGCCGGGAAGCAGCUUGAGGAUGGCCGCACCUUGGCUGACUACAACAUCCAAAAGGAGUCCACCCUUCACCUUGUCCUCCGACUGCGUGGUGGAAUGCAGAUUUUUGUCAAGACCCUCACCGGAAAGACAAUCACCCUGGAAGUUGAGAGUUCGGACACCAUCGAUAAUGUCAAAGCAAAGAUCCAAGACAAGGAGGGAAUUCCCCCGGAUCAGCAGAGGUUGAUCUUUGCUGGAAAGCAGCUCGAGGACGGUCGUACCUUGGCUGAUUACAACAUCCAAAAGGAAUCCACUCUCCACCUUGUGUUGCGUCUCCGCGGUGGGAUGCAGAUAUUUGUCAAGACUUUGACAGGAAAGACCAUCACUCUUGAGGUUGAGAGCUCGGACACCAUUGACAAUGUGAAAGCCAAGAUUCAGGAUAAGGAGGGAAUUCCCCCGGACCAGCAGAGGUUGAUCUUUGCCGGAAAACAGCUCGAGGACGGCCGCACCUUAGCCGAUUACAACAUCCAGAAGGAAUCCACCCUCCACCUUGUGCUGCGUCUUCGUGGUGGAUUUUAAGUGAGAAUGGCAUUACAACUGGAUGUUCUGUUGUAGUAGUUUCCAAAUUUAUGAACUAGUUGUUUGGUUAUGGGUCCCUAGCGGCCCUUUAAAAUAGGUUUAGUCUUUCAUGUUUAAAAACUGGGUAAUAUUACUAUAUGCUGUGUUUGAUUCUGUGAUUCUACUUAUAUAGUUCGUCUUUAUGUAUUUGAAUUACUGAAUGUGGUGUUCUCAGUUGUUACUAGA